CUCACACUUCACUAGAAACGAGCUGUAUAGUCAAAUUUAGAUGACUCCCGUUUAUGUUUGGUAGAGAACGACAUGACCGAGUCCUGGCGGCCUCAGUCACAACAUUCCUGCAAUUGGACGUCUGACGAACCUCCAAUGUCCCGCGACAGUUGAACCGACCUCCCAAGCAAGUUCUCGGAAAAGAUGGAGGCUAUGGACAACUCUGUGGAUAUUUCUGCCUGGAUGGGCAAACCGCCUCAGAAGUCUCAGCAUACAGACAAGAGUGCCAUUGAGACAGCUCCAAGUUCGCAGGGUUCGCAGGACUCGUGGGAGUCGGCAAUAUCAGCCCCAAGCAUUACAUCCAGCGGUGGUGAUAUAGAGCACAAUAGUGAACCUGAUACGCAGACAAGCGACGGCUAUGUUCAAGAGGAAUCAGAGGCCACAUCGGACGCCGAUGGACUCGUCUCAGCACUAGUCCCAUCACUACAACACAACUUCUACAUCGACGUACCGAGAUUGUCUGACCGAGAAAAGCAAGACUAUGAGUAUCUACCAGGUCACUUUGCAGUCAAGGAGAUACUUGCUCAGAGAACGGACGAUCAAUAUGUUGUCAGAUUAGAAAGCGGUGAAAGAGACCUUCUUUCGUCACGCAAAUUGCGUAGUCUCAAUAACGGCUCCAGGGCCUUUCGAGACUUUCAACAACGCAAUCGCUCUACAUCACGGAAGAGCAGGGCGAGAAGGCAAGCAGCAUCGUCAGCGAUAGACUGGACAACCAUGGAUUUCUCGAAUUCCAGUGAAGAUGAGCUAUCACGUCCUACCAGACAACGUUCCAAGGCUGGUGAGAGCGAGGUUUCUAACCAAGAAGUCAGCGACGACUCGGAGACAGGUGACGAAGAAAUGUCAGAUGCUCGCGAAUCCCGUGGUCGAAGAUCUGCGCGACUCACCUCGAAGAAGAAGAAGAAUUACUUCCAGCAUGAACUUCUGCAACUUGAGGAUGAUUCGGACCAACCUAGGAGCCGCAGUAACAGACUCCGACGCUCUGCACUGCACCCCACGAGAGGACGCCCACAGGCUCUGCGUCGGACCAAGAUCAGCAUUUCCUCCUCGUCAGAGCGCGAGAUCGGCACACGUCGAUCGGAGAGGACCCGAGCCAAACCUCGACAGAGCAUGCGUGAGCGUCAGGAGGAUGACAUUUCCAGUUUAGAAGAAGAGAAAACAGCACCCAAGGUUAUCGCCACAAAGGAGCACUUUGCCCAUCACUCGGAAAAUGAUCCGUUCAGAAAGCGACAUCGUCAGGAUUGCGAUACAUGUAAUUACACCGGUGACGAUCCUUCGAAGGGACCGUUAGUGUUCUGUCAGGGGUGCACGAACUCCUACCACAAGUCUUGCCUAGGACCUCGGGGAAGUCGUGAUCAUUUGGUCACGAAAGUCGGUGAGGACUUGUUCGUGUUGCAGUGCAGACGUUGCAUAGGCCUUGCUCAUGAGAAGGACAGCUUGGCGCCUCAUCAAGGUCGCUGUGUUGUCUGCAACGAACUAGGUGCAUGUUCUAGGCCGUUCAGAAAUCGCCUGACCACCAGACAAGAGCAGAUUCAGAGAGAGGAAAAUGGAGGAAAGGAUCCGAUCACCAUCGUUGAGCCCAGUAUGGUCGGCAAUGUCGAUAAUGUCAUGUUUCGAUGUGCACAAUGCGAUCGGCCCUGGCACAUGCACCAUCUUCCAGAACGCAAAACGGCACAUUCUCUUGACGACGACAAUGAUGAAAUGCUUAAUGAGACCGAACUCGCACAAAGACGAUUCGAGCAUUAUCAUAGAUCGUGGACUUGCAAAGAUUGCAUCGAGAAUCAGCAUCAGAUUGACGCUCUAGUGGCGUGGAGGCCGGUUGACCUGGAGGCAUAUGUCGCAGGAACUACAGUCGACCAGAUGCCAGAAACGGAGAAGGAAUACCUUGUGAAAUGGAAAGCGCAGUCGUAUUUCCGCACUACCUGGAUGCAAGGAACUUGGGUCUGGGGUAUCGCUGCAAGUUCUAUGAGGUCAGCUUUCAUGAAAAAACAAGAAAAUGUUCUUCCGAAGAUGACCACGUCCGAUGCAAUCCCAGAAGAGGUGUUCCGAGUCGAUGUCGUUUUUGACGUACGUUACUCAAGUGUUGUGAGGAACAGUACUAUAGAGAUCGACCUUGCACGAGUCAAAGAAGUAGACAUGGCUUUUGUCAAAUACAAAGGUCUAGGCUACGAAGAUGCGAUAUGGGAAAAGCCCCCGGCCUAUGCAGAUACCGAACGAUGGAACGAUUUCAAAGAAGCCUAUGAGGAUUAUGUUGCUAAAUUGCAUCUCUCAAUCCCUGGGCAAUCCUCUCUCAGACGGCAUUUGACCCAAAUACGAACUUUGAGUUUUGAAAACGCUCUACUCAGAAAGGGCCAACCGAAGAUUGUGAGUGGGGGUGAAUUGAUGGCAUAUCAGCUUGAAGGUCUUAAUUGGCUCUUGUACCAAUGGUACAAUAAUCAGAAUGCCAUCCUGGCCGAUGAGAUGGGCCUAGGUAAGACAAUCCAACUGGUCUCCUUUUUUGCGACCUUGGUCCAGGAUCACAAAUCCUGGCCUUUCCUGGUAGUCGUCCCUAAUGCGACUGUUCCAAAUUGGCGAAGGGAGGUGAAAAAGUGGGCUCCGUCACUCCGAAUUGUUACCUACUAUGGCUCUUCGACUGCCAGAAGACUUACUUCCGAGUAUGAAUUGUUUCCCAAAGAUAAAGAGAAGGACGAAGAGGAGAAGAAGAAGCCUUCCCAUAAGAGGCAGCGUUCAGAAGUUAAGGAUAUCAAAGCUCACAUUGUGGUGACCUCUUAUGAGUCCAUCGUCGAAGACUCCGUGAGAAAGAAUCUCAUGAGGGUGCCGUGGCAAGCUUUGGUCGUUGACGAAGGACAGCGUUUGAAGAGUGAUCGAACACAGAUCUACGACGCCCUAUCCAAGUUUCGGUUUCCUUUCAAGGUCCUACUUACGGGCACGCCCUUGCAGAAUAAUGCUCGAGAACUAUUCAACUUGCUGCAGUUCUUGGAUAAGAGCAUGAAUGCGGCAGAGCUUGAGGCAAGAUAUUCAAAUCUCACCCAAGAGAACGUUCCAGAACUACACGAAAUGCUUCGGAAAUUCUUCCUUCGGCGGACCAAGGCACAAGUGCUGACCUUUCUCCCGCCAAUGGCUCAAGUAAUUGUGCCAGUCAGCAUGUCGAGUGUGCAAAAGAAGGUGUACAAGUCGAUCUUAGCAAGAAACCCGCAAUUGAUGAGGUCUAUCUUCGCCCGCGAUGGUGGUGCUGCUCGUAAGGAACGCACUAGUCUGAACAACAUUUUGAUGCAACUCAGAAAAACCCUUUGCCAUCCAUUUGUGUACAGUCGGGAGAUCGAAGAAAGAAAGGUUGACAGUACCGUUGCUUUUCAGAACCUGGUGGCAGCUUCAGGCAAGUUACAACUUCUCUCAAUUAUGCUUCCGAAGCUCCAAGAGCGUGGCCACCGGGUUCUCCUGUUCAGUCAGUUUCUCGACAAUCUGGACGUCAUUGAAGACUUUCUGGAUGGCCUAGGGAUGCAGCAUCAUCGACUCGAUGGGCAAAUCUCGGCGGCUGAGAAGCAGAAGCGAAUUGAUGAGUUCAACGCUCCUGACUCUCCCUAUUUCGCCUUUCUGCUUUCAACAAGAGCAGGUGGUGUCGGUAUCAACUUGGCCACAGCAGAUACCGUCAUCAUCCUCGAUCCCGAUUUCAACCCGCACCAAGACAUUCAAGCAUUGUCACGGGCUCAUCGUAUCGGGCAAACGCGCAAGGUUCUCGUCUUCCAGCUUAUGAUUCGCGCCAGCGUUGAAGAGAAAAUCAUGCAAAUUGGACGCAAGAAGAUGGCUCUGGACCAUGUUCUCAUCGAGAGGAUGGACAAAGAAGAUGAGGCCGGCGACGAUCUGGAAUCGAUUCUGCGACAUGGUGCCCAGGCUCUGUUUGAUGAUGAUUCGGGUACUGACGAUAUCAUCUACGAUGCCGCCUCUGUAGACCGUUUACUUGACCGAUCCCAGAUCGAAGACACCAAAACAAGCGAAGGCAAAUCUGCCGAAUCCCAAUUCAGCUUUGCACGCGUCUGGGCAAACGAUAAAUCCGCACUUGAUGAAGAACUUGUCGAUACAGGAACAAGUACGCCCAACCCCGGCAUUUGGGACAAGAUUCUUCAAGAGCGUGAGAGAAUAUUCGCCGAAGAGGAAGCCAGAAACGCCGAAGCUCUGGGCAGAGGCAAGCGCAAGAGACAAGCUGUCGACUACGGCGGACCCGGAGACGGUGAACAGGCCGAGCCGGUUGUGAACAAGGACAAAUACAAAGGAAGGCCUCGAUCUCAGGAUCCCGAUUACCGAGCUCCAAAAGAGUCGGACGGUGAAAAUGAGGAUUUGAGCGUCGACGACGAGUCCGAUCGUCGGCCCAGACGUUCCAUCCAAGCGCGGCCCUUCAAACGAGUCCGGGUACCUCUUGGACAAGCCCCUCAUUUCAACGGAGACGCGAAUUUUGACGUUCGCCCGGGUGAGAGUAUGCCACCUUCGCACCAGUGUUCUGCGUGCGGUGAACAACACCCCAUGGGUUGGUGUCGUCUCAAAGUGGCGGGGGUCGAGCACUGUGGUCUUUGCGGGAUCGCACACUUGGGGCACGGCAGGACGUGCCCUCACCUGAACGACAAUCGGCAGGUCGCGACGUUGCUGCAGACUCUGAAGGAGAGCACGGAACCUCGCGAGUUGAUCGAGCAGGCCACGCGGUACUUGAGGACCAUCAGGGGAGAUCUCAUGCAACGAAAGCGGGUCCAAGAUCUCAGAGAGCAACAACAGGAGCAGGAACAGAGCUUGAGGUAUCGUGUCUUGUCCGCGUUGCAGAACAACCGGUCCGCAUGAUCGAUGACGUAUCAGGGAUCCAGCAGAAGGAAGGGAUAUCGGGGACCCGUGUGGUGCGAAGGACACACAGUAGAGAGAGAGCGAGAGAUGAUGAUGAUGAUGAUGAACAACAAUGAUGAGUGAGCUUGAUACGACAGAGUGACAAAGGACAUAUGGGCAUGGGAUGGGCAUUUGCUGUGGACUUGGGCCAAAGACAUAGGAUAGGAUUUGUUUUGUCCAGAGAGAGUAUGAUGGAAGGGGGGGCGGGGCCGCUUUGGAUCGUCGUCGACACCUCCAAGGUACCACUUACUCAUAACUAUCAGGCCCCGUCCAGUUUGGAACAU